AUGACGAAAACGGCGAUUAUGAAUCACAUAGAUGCCAUGAUUCAAGUAUACGUCGAGGGUGAUUUUAGCGCUGCUGAGCAAAAAGAAUUGAAAGAAGCUUUUGACUCUGCAUUUGCUCAGCACGGAGAUAAGGGCGCCAUCAUGACCGAAUCAGCCUUUAUCUCUCUUUUAAACACCAAAGACUUUCUUCCACGAACUCCAGAAGGAGUCGAGGCAGGCAAAAUCAUUUAUGCUAGUAUCGCAUACUUGAGCACCCUACCAUUCCCUCGCUACCCAGAUGGGACUGAAUCUCCACCAGAAGGUCUCGAAUUGAACCAACUCGAACGCGGACUGCAGUGGGCCAUUCCGGGCGGCCAUUCCCAUAUGAUUGCACAAGGCGGAGCGUGCCGCGAGCGUGACGAGAUGGAUCACCUGAGGUGGAUAUUUCAAAGCCUUGCUUCCAUAACUCGUGCUGAGGGGCAGUCAUUGGAUGACAACUGCUCUUCAAAUCACGGUGGUGAUGCUGAUGGUGAUGAGAUCUUCAUGGACCUUUUUGAUGUUCUUUACACCACGCAAGAUAUUCUAAAUCUAGAUCCUAGUAAAGGUGUCAAGAAGGAAGAUUAUCGACUUUUAGCAAAACAGUUUAUGACGGAGUACCAAAUCGCUUCAUUUUCUUCACUCACGAUUCCUACCAAAAGUUUCGAAGCGCUCGUGAAGAUUCUCUUAUUAUUACAGUACUCGAGUACGCGAAGUCCUCCCAGAACUGUAUGA